AUGGCAAAAUUAUUUCACCGAUACAGGUAAUGACGCCAUUAUUCUCAGAUUUAAAGGCAAUGUAUUUAUGGCAAUCUAACUGUACAUUCAAUUUUAUUAAUACAUUUUCAUACUGGCAUGUGUCCCCUGUUUUCUACGAAUUUCAGUAAAGGCUGUAUAACCCUCGGCUCAUAGGGUCAUUAUGAGCCUAGGGUCACAUAAACAAAUCUUAAAAAUGAAAAUCAUAAAGAGAGGGGGGUCUAUUUGCCAUUGUAGAACAUCUUACCUAAAUUCUUCUGCAUUUUCAAAGCUUUGCAGCAGUCUAUUUUGUUUAUCGUUUCUAACAUCCUUUUUUUGUAUGACUUCUUAUCAAACAACACAGGGCUCAACUAAAUCCUAAUGGAUAUCCUGUCACUGUAACCUCAGAGCCAGCAUCAAAGGAAGAGAAGAUCUCCUUAACUGUACAUGAAAAAAGGGUGAGAUAGUCAGGAAUAACAACAAGUGCUUUGGUUCUUACUACUGUAAUUUUUAUACCAUCAUCGUGUUCAAUUAGGUCAAAGUAGAAGUAAACGCUUUAGAUUAAUCCAUUGUUUUUCAAAUGAAUUAAUUUCUCAUCAUCCGCUAAUUUGAGUAUGUGUCUGUAACUGAUUUUUAUGGCUCUACACAUUUUAGUAUAACAUUAUUUCUACCCAACAGACAGUUGUGCCAAUAACAGUGAAGAAUUCUGGGGGCAUAGCUGUUGAUUUCAGUCUCCAGGUGUCUGACUUAGUAAGGAACAUUUUCACUGUCAGACACUGCCAUGGAGGAGUUUUCAGUUCUGCUGAGAAACAUACCCUUAAACCAGGUAGGAAGAAUCACAUCCCUCACCUGAGCUACAGUCAGUUUCCAGUGUUUUUUUUUUUCCCAUUGAAUCUAAGAGUGACUGAAAAACAAGAAUUCACAUGAUCUGUAAUGAAUACAUUUUCUUGAAAAAAGACAAGUCUCCAUGUUUUCAGUAUUUUAAAAGCUCAUAUAACUGCAAAUGUACCUGAUUUGAUCUCCUAUUUUCUCUCUUUUUUUCUCUCUCUCCAGGAAAGUCUUUUAAAGUUGAGGUCCAUUUUGACUCCGACCAUGCAGGUUUCUAUGAACAGUUACUGGUUUUUAAGUUUGAAACACAUCUGGAAGAAUUCGAAAUUAUGCGCCUUUUAGAAGUCGAACAUUUGACAUCAGUCAGAGUAAAGCCAAAACCAAAAAUGGACCCUGAGCCAGCGCAGAAAGAAGAGGACAGGAGGGGAAGGUAUUUCAAGCUACUCUUGAGUAAUUAUACCAGUAAAUAAAAUGUGAUAAAAUUGUGAUGUAUCGCAGGUUCAAAGUCUGUCUUCAAAUUGCUCCCUGUUUUAUAAAAAAGUUCAAGUUUACAUAAAUUAUCAUGGAAUUUAGAAACCUGCGUCUCCAUCCUAAAUUACACUUCUUUUUGCCCGUUUUCCUUUCAGAAAAUAUAUUAACCUUCUCAAAAUUCGAGUUCCUUUGAAGGGAUAUGCGAUACCUAAAAGAGUCAGAAACUCCAGAUCUGUUGUAAGGUUUGUAUUCCUCAAAGGUGGACACAUUUUGGUCAAUAAAGUCAUUGCAGUCAUGUAUUAAUCAUAGAAUAUGGUGAGUUUGUGGCUUUAUGAGCAAACUCAUUUUAGGGCUUUGUGUUUAAUCGAAGAGCUCUACAGAAAAUAUGUCUUCUGUAAAAUUAUGAAAAUUUAGAAAGAUUUUAUUCCCUCACUGACCCAGAAACAUUACACAGACAGCACUCAUGACAGGACGACUAACAUCAGACCAAGUCUCUUCAUGACUCACAGCAGAGGUAGUCAUCCAGUGGUAUCCAACAGGAGAAGCGUUGUUUCCUUCCGCCCAGUUUAAUUCUGAUUAACACCUGAUGCUAUUAAUCCAAAUAUCUGCUUUGCCUGUGGAAGUGAUGGUGUUUUUUCUUUUUGGGGGGGCUUCUAAAGGGAGCUGCAGACAGAUACAACCUGGGAGAACUACGCGCAGAGGUUUCAGUUGCUACUGCAUCUUGAAGAGCUUCAGUUGCAGAAAGAAGUUGAUAUAUACUUCCAGGAUUCUGUGACCUUAUUGCAACACGGAAGCCUCUUUGUCCUGCAGGUGAUGCAUCUAACAGUACUAAAAUCUGUAAAUAUUGCUCUGAGUGAUAGCCGUGGGGCGCAGAAUGAGACCACCACUUACAGAGAAACGUCUCUUGUUUUCAGAUCCCAGGUCUGUCCAAGGACUCAUCUUUGAAGCUGUCUGAGUGCGACGUACUGGUGCAUCUUUUUUGGCAGACAGGGAUUGAUCGUACAGAAACUUUCAAAGGCUACGUCCAAUAUGUGAAGGCAGAGCAGGUUUUCUUGAGCCUGUUUAAAUGGUACUACAGCACGAUUGCAUAAAAUAAGAGGUCUCAUGCGUAUAAAUAAGGAAUCCUGUGAGACACUGAACACAUUAACAUGAAGUAUAUUUUUCCAUAUCAGUAAAAUCGAAAUGCUUCUAUCUAUCUUUGUAUUAUUUUAGUCCAUUGUAACAAAUGUCUUCUUAUGAAUCUGACUGCAGGCCAAUACAGAUUGAAGACUUGGAAUUCAAAGUGAAGUUCGUCGUCGAACGUUUAACCCUGCGGGUGCAGCACAGAGCAUUAGAACAGGCGAAAAAGUUAGACCUGAGUCAGGUGCUGUUCCCUCCAAGCACAUUUUCUUCCAGAACGCCACUGCCGUGCAGGUAAGACCACCCCGAUAUACGUGUUCGACAUUUGAUGCAGACGUUUCCAUCGCCUAUUGCUCAGUUUUACCAACCCUCAUGUUAGCACUGACUCCUCACAAUGACCUAGCUCCUGUGUCUCCUACCAGUCUGCAGGCAAACUCUCAGGGCAGCAACCCAGAGCAGCGCAGGGCAGUUGAACAUAUCUUAGCAACUACUGCAAAACCAGCCCCUUACCUUGUUUUUGGUCCACCUGGUACAGGUACUCUACAUGCAUGCGUGUGUGUGUGCAUAAAUGUCCUCAAAUGUGUUUUAUUUACUUAUAAGAAUAAUCAAUUCUUACAUGUCUUGGUCAGGCAAAACGUCAACUUUGGUGGAAGCCAUCUAUCAGAUAGUGACAACCAAGGCCUCAUGCAACAUCCUGGUUUGCGCUCCUUCCAACAGUGCAACCGACCAUCUCUGUGUGAAGAUAUCUGAGAGAAUAGAUGAUAUACGCAUAAUGUAUCGUUUGUAUGCCGUUUCCUGUGACCCAAAAAAAGUAACCAAAGAGAGAAAGGUCUGUUUUAUGUACUUAUUUACUUUUUGACAAACUUGUACUUAAGUAAAACACACAUGCUGUUUUUUUCUGAGGAUUGUAGAGUAACAGUAACUGAAAAUACAAUAUUAUUAUGGAGAGUGCUGCUGCUUUCGCAUCAAAAGAUAUCGCCUUUCUUUUCAAGUUUUAAGUCUUUCAAUAAAUCCUUAUCUUGAAUUUACUCUUACAUUUACUCAAACAGUAAGGUAAACUAUGUUUUUUUUUACGCUUCAUUGGUUGAAGUGCUAUCAGAUUUCAUUCUUGUAGCUGUAUAUCUUUGUAUAAUGUACAUUUGUUUAUUAACAUAUGUGCUUAAUGGCUCUCUACAGUUUCUCAGCAACCUUGGCGAGAACAGUGUCCCGUAUGUACUUCCCUCUGUUCGAAUGCUGAAGAGGUAUAGGAUUAUGGUCACUACUCUGCAGACUGCAGCAAGGUACAUUACGUUCUAUGAUGAAUCACAACAUAGAUUCUAUCUACAGUAUAUUGUGAUUACUCAACUUCAUUUAAAUACUUCAACACUGGCAUGAUGGCAAAAACUUAAAUUUUGAAGUAAUGAUAAGUGGAAAUAUUUUACUUUUUACAUGUUCAUAUUAAAACAUCUUUUUCCGUUUCUAGCGAAAUGGUCAAGUCAGUGAAAUUUUCUUUGUGCUUAUCUACAACUAUCUACUAUCUGCACUUAUCAUUUCUAUAGUUGAGCAGCACAGUAUUCAUUUGUGACAUUAUUACCUCUGUUGCAAGACAGGUAUAGAACUGUCAUGUGCUGAACAUUUCUCAUUACAGCAACAGAUUCUAUUUGAUCUAUCUAAAUUUGUGCUCUAUAUCUCCAUCCAUCCCUCUCUUUCUCCAGGCUUGUGGCUGGUCGGUUUCCAGUUGGAUUCUACUCAUAUAUCUUUGUGGAUGAGGCAGGCCAGGCCAAAGAAACGGAGUGUAUCAUUCCUAUAGCAGGUGGAAAAGACAAGCAGGUCAACACAAAAUGUGUUUAUCCAUCUCCAGAAGGUGUUCCCUUAAUUUUCCUGUGUUUACUCCACAGGCUUAAUGAAACAGGAGACCUGCCAGGUAGUCCUGGCUGGAGACCCUAACCAGUUAGGCCCUAUCAUCAACUCCCCGAUCGCCGAUAAAUGUGGUUUAGGUGAGCUCUACAACUAGUUUACACUUCGAAUGUUGUACUCUUAAAGUCUUUGAGAGUUACACUGAACUGUCCUUUAAAUAAAUACUGUAUCUGUCAGCACCAACUUCUUGAUAUCUAAAAUGGCUCCAUAGCACCCCUACAAAGUUUUGAAUGUAAUCCCUGCCCCUGUGUGUGAUCCAAACCUAUGGAAUCAAUGACAUUUAUGUUGAACCCCAAGACAAACAAAAAGAGGAGGCGGUCCACAGAGGUGGUGGUGGGACACAGCUCAGGCCCGUUGGUGCCCCACGGGGCGCUAGUAUCUAUUUCAUUUUAAAGAAAAGGUUUGGUCGGAAACAAUCAGUCAGUUUUGGCGAGCCACACAACUAGCCAAUUACCUGAUACUAAUUGCAACAUCCAUGUUCUUCCUGACUUAGCUCCAUAGACUAGUCUAUGGCUAGCUUUCACUGUCUUCCUUUUGCAAACUUUUGUUUCUUCUACUUUUAGAGGUUUGUUGAUCCGUUUGUCAGUUCUUCAAGUCCAACAUAACUAGCUGAGUGGAACAAAUACUUUGCAUGAUAAUGGUUAGCAUGCAUGUGUUGUGUCUCUAUUGGAGGGAGGAUAUGCUUUUUUCUCUUAUUAGGGAGUUCAUGUCACUGCUAGUUUAAGCUCAGUCCCAGAGCCGGCCGGAGCCUCAAUGGGGCCCUAAGCAAAAUUUGAUUUCGGGGCCCUCUAUUUCUGCUAAUAAUAUUGAUUGUCUGUACAAAAGCAGGAUUUAAAAAAUGUACUGCUUGCAGGCGUGUCCUUGUUGGAGCGCCUGAUGAGAACCAACGACCUCUACAUGGCCCAUGAGGGACAUGGGUUCAACAGCUGCUUUGUCACCAAAUUACUGAGAAACUACAGGUGAUGCCCAGAUGUGCUGUUAUGUCUUUGUAUCUUAUUUUUCAAGUGCUCUUGGCUACCUUGCUAAAUUAACAUUUUUUUCUUUUACUCCUUACUCUCCAUCAGGUCCCAUCCUGCGAUACUAAAAAUUCCCAAUGAGCUUUUUUAUAGAGGGGAGCUUCAGCCUUAUGCUGCUAAAGAGAAAUGCAACUCAUACUGUAACUGGGAACUCCUCCCCAAGAAGGUGAUUUAGACACGAAAGCACUCACACAUGCAUCUUUAUCCCCCCCCCCCGCCCACUCGACAAUUUUUUUCUGUUUCAGGGCUUCCCUCUGAUCUUCCAUGGAGUGGCAGGUAUUGAAGAACGUGACCCCGGCUGUGCUUCUAUUUACAACAUGGCAGAAGUGGAGGUGCUGAAGGAAUAUCUAAAAGCCCUCGUUGCCCCUGAUUGCGAAGCUCGUGUGAACCAAAUUGAACCCAAUGAAAUUGGAAUCAUUGCUCCAUACAGGAAACAAGUAAGUAUGUAAUAAUAGUAGCCUUUGGAUAUGUCAAUAAACAUUUUCAUGGUACUGCACAUCAAAUACAGGGACUUUCCUUCCCACAGAGGCAAAUCAAGAUCUAACUUGAUGAAAAAUCAGCAGAUUAGUCGUCAUUUUGUUCUGUCUGUCUGCCAGUAUGAAAAAAUAUUUUUGUACAUCUGGUGUAUUUCCUUUUAUUCUAUUGUGCAAGUAGCUGUCUCUACAGUCUCUACAAAAUAUGUGACCAUACACUUCAAAGAGAAAAACUACCUGAAAAAUUCCAAAAUUUUGCAGGUGGAGAAAAUCCAGGAAGCACUUUUGACUGACGAAAAACUUCAAAAGAUAAAUCUGAAGAACGUGCUGGUAUGGAAAAAAGGGAUUGCAUUAUUACCAUUAGAAAAAAAAAAUCAUGAAUCAUCAAAUAUCUGUUCAUGUUUUUGAUAGGUUGGAACAGUGGAGAAGUUUCAGGGUAAAGAGUCCCAAGUGAUUAUAGUGUCAACUGUACGCAGCCAUCGUAAAAUGACUGAAAAAGACCAGAGGUUCACUUUAGGCUUCAUCAGGAAUGAGAAGGUAAGAGCCAUUACAGAAACUCCAAACAACUCAAAAAUAAUAUACAUUUGUGUAAGAUGACCAAGAAAAAAAUCUUCAUUAUAAUGAGACUAAAUAUGAUUUUUGAGAAGCAAUACUGUCUACAGAGGUACUCAGAUGUUUACUGAUAAAUGCACACUCACUGAAACUGCCUCCUCAGAGAUUCAACGUGGCCAUGACUCGAGCACAAGCCUUACUGAUCGUAGUUGGAGACCCAAGAGCUUUGAGAACUGACUUAAUGUGGAACAAGUGAGGCUCCAAAUCCACAUCGAUCUACCUUCUUUCAUGAAAUAGCAAGUUUUGCACAAAUCCUAAAUUCCUUGUACAUUUUUCUAUUUUCUUCGCAGAUUCAUCCAUUACUGCUGCAGAGAAGGGGGUUAUAGAGGGAUUAGAGUGUCUGAUGCAGAGGAAGACUAUUCACCAAGCGUCGGGUAAUUCAUAGAGCAACACAUAUCUGCACUCACUACAAUAUUACAUGGACUGUGCAAUGCUCUGAUUUAAUUUCCACCUUCCAUCUCAUAGUGAAGAGUGAUCUGCAACAGCGGCCCCCUGGAGGACAGAGCUAACAGUCAUCUUUAGCUCACAUAUUAU